AGUUGGUGGCCCGACUGGGUAGUUCGUCCGCCACAAGACAUGGUCCGCCUGCACGCAGAUGGCCUCUGGAAGUGUUCCUUCUGACGCCCUUCCUGAGGGAACCGGUCCAACGACCGACGGCCCGAAGGAAGCUGAGGCUCAAGCUGAUGGCAGGAACCUGGAGACUCGAAAGGACCAGAAUGACGCCAACACAGGUGUCACGGACUUGCCCGUCAAGGAGUUGGCCUCUCGGGACAUGGCUUCCGAGGUUGACGUGCCGCUGCUGAAUUCUACACGUGAGCUCGCCGCGGACUUGGAAGAGGGCCGAAAAGCCAACAGCAGCAACACGGGAAAUUCCCCGGAAGUGGUUGAGGACUCGAAGCGACCCAUUUUCAUUUUGGCGUCUUGCAUGAUCUGCGUCUUCUUUGUCCUCAUCGUCAUUUUCGCCUACUACCCUUUCAGUGGUGACCCCUGGCCGUGGUCCGAAGCCUUGCGGAACCAGUCCUGGGGAAAUUUCACCUUUGACGGCGAUGAGCCCUGGGAAGCUGGUGGCAAGGAGUUCUUCGGUGCCGGCUCCUGCCUCGCACAGGGUUUGGAUCCACUUUUCCUUCGACUCAAAGAAGACCUCCUUGCGCCCCACACCGAAGAAGACCGUGAAAGCAACGUGGUCUUUCAAGGCCAUCCCUCCACCUUCGCUGGCCUUUCAGUCCCACAGGUCGUCGCAAAGUCCGUUUUGGGGACAAUCCAGUUUCGGGAGGCCACUCGCUUUUUAUUUUUCCAUUUUUCCAGAAGAAGAUGUUCGAUUUUAGCUCUGUUCAGGUGGGUUUUGUUCAAACAAGAAAACGGGGGAAGGAUUGAUGGUCCAUUUUCCACUACCCCAGAUCUGGCGAGGCGAACUCUUCGCCAGUUGACCCAAUCGUCUCGGAUGAGCAGCGCCCAAGGUGGGAAGCCCCUCUUGACCUUGGGAAACCCCUCUGCAUGGGGAGGCAUUGCCAAUAGCGGUGAGACGUUGCUGGGCAUCUUGCAGAACCACUCCUGGGGUGGAUUUGGCUUGCAGAACCGCAGCGCCUCCAACGAGUCGAGCAGCGCGUCCAGCGCGUCCAGCGGGUCCAGCGGGUCGAAGAAGCAGCGGAAGCCCGGGGAGCUCUGGGGCAAUAGCAGCGAGGUCUUUCCACUCUUGGGCAAGGGCCUCUGCAUGCGCACGACAUGGUCCACGAGCGAGCUGAUCCCGAAGUACAACACCUGGGUCACCCACCAAGACGUGAUGCAGCUCUUUACACCCGGCGAUCAUGCCAAAUGUGAAGCGGACUGUCAGUCCAAGCCCUGGUGCACCGGCUUUGUGACCUUCGGAGAGGGCGAGAAUGCGAAAUGUAGUAUGGUCUGGGAGGAUGAGGGCGUCCCAUCGGCAUACGAUUGGAACCCUGCCUUCAAGUGCUACUGGAGGAAGAGAUGGCACCACAACAGUGUGGGUGUGUAUGCUCCGCCGAAUCGACCUGUGCCGAAGAUCAUUUGGACUUACUGGGAGGAUAUGAAGAAGGUCGACUGGGGCCAUCGGAUUGAAGCGACGACCCAGUCCUUCUUGGAUUUGUGCCACCGAUCCUGGAGGAAGAUGAAUCCUGAUUGGAAGGUGCACAUCUUGAACCAGUACACCGUGUGGGACUACAUCUCGAAGAAAGACUUGCCCGAAGGAUUUGACAACCUCAUGAUUCAGCACCGAUCGGAUGCCAUCCGCUUAGCACUGAUUGUGAAGUAUGGGGGCGUCUGGAUCGAUGCGACGAUUUUGCUUCUCAAACCGCUGGAUUCCGUGAUCAAGGAAGACCAGCCAUCCCUGAGACACUUCUAUGUCAAUGGUGGCACCCCGAACAUGCCCACCAUCAAGACCAGGUACAGCCGCUACAGCACCGACUUUCAUGUGGAGAACUGGUUCAUGGCAGCACCACCGCAGGAUCCGUUCAUGGUCCGCAGCAUGGAUUGUGUGAGGGAAUUGCAUAAGUACACGGACGUGAAGGAGUUGUCUACCUACCCCUGGCUCUUCACCAAGAGGCAGAUGGGGGACUUGGACGGCUUGGGCUUGUGGAAGUACGUGGCCACCAGCGCCUGUUUUUUCAAGGUCCUGGAUGAUGAUCGGGAAAUCACGCGGUGGUGGCUCAGCCCUUCGGUGCACCGCUCGAAUUUCAUGGGACAUCUCAGUGAAGCCUGGUUUGGCUAUGGCAACACGCAUCAGGUCUUGGUGGAUUUGUUCUACACCCAUCAGCCUUACGUGGUCAAAGAGCUCACGGAGGGGCCAUUGCUCCUCUUGAAGUUUACACACGACUCGAGAGCAGCGUUGAUCGAUCCGAUCACGCCCAUGCAGAUCUAUGGUUGCUGGGACACGUCCUGGAGCGCAACGCUCAAGGCCAUCGGUCUCAACACCACGGAUUCCUGCAACGAGAUGAAGACACGCACUUGGUGGGGCUGAGAGGAGCUUCUUCCGUCUCCGUUGUCCGUGAAGAGGGUGGCCCUGAGGGGCCCUGCUGUCCGGAAGAUCGCUCUGAUCCGCAGUUCUUUUAAAAAGAGCGCCUGAUCCGAGCGCCGCAAAACGCUGCGGAGUCGCUGUCUGCUGUUCGCGCUGGCUGCGACAUGGAAGAUGUGACGCUUCGAC